CUAAGCAGGUCUAACAUUUAUUUUUUCUCGAAGGCAAGCACAACUCCACUUCCAUUCUCUCUCUCCACUUCUCUAUUAUAAUCACUUUACCAACCAACCAAUUCGAACCAAGCCAGCCAACCAAACUAAGCAAGCAAGAUGACGACUGUUCAAAUUCUCGAAGGCCUUCCCGACAAUGACCUCGCGUCGGUGUCCUCCUAUAACGACAAGACGGGCGGUGGUACAACCAGCGGUGGCGACAAUGCGGACAAGGACGAGAAGGGUUGGUUUUCAUUUCUGUGGGACGACAAAGACAACAAAUUUGUGUUUUUCUGGAUGGGAGUAGUGCUUGUCACGAUAGCCAGUACGGGAGUCUUUGUGUUGAUCUUUACGGCCAACAUUCUGCGAGAUGACGAAACCAAGACAUUUGAAAAUGCCUUCCAUCAACACGUGCGCAACAUUGCCGAAGGAACGCUCUUUCAAGCCAAGACUAUCAUGAGCUCCAUGGAGACACUGGCCGAUACCAUUACCAUCUAUGCCGAAGCCAGUCAAGACAAUUGGCCCUUUCUUGUGGUCCCCGAGUCUGGACGUCGUGCGCUUCGCACUCGCGUCGAUGCCAAACUCGACCUGGUGGGCUUUUCUCCUAUCGUUGCCAACAAUGAAACCACCGAAUGGACCGUCUUUUCCUCCUACGAAUUAGAAGAUGUCACGGCCCACUCGAUUCCCUAUAUCUACCGACUCGAUGACAACAAUAAUGACCAAGUCAUUCCCGACACUACUUCCAACCAAAUGCUUCCCGUUUGGCAGACAUCUCCCACUCCCUACAAUACGUCAUUGAUCAAUUACAAUCUCAUUUCGGCUCCCAAAUACGGCGCCCUGUUUGCGGAUAUGAUGGAAACCCAACAUACGGCCAUUUCCGCGAUCUAUUCGGAUUACGAUCUGGAUACGUUCAAGAAUCAACAGUUCUUUGAUCCCUCCGAUUUCAACUCCACCAUUCCACGAUCUGUCAUUGUCAUGCCUGUGUACAACAGUUUCUUGUUGGAGCAACGAUCCAUUGUGGGAGUCGUUCACGGCGUGUUGCCGUGGGAUCGAUUCCUUACCGGCAUUCUACCCGAAGGUGUCAAUGGCAUUAUUGCCGUGAUUCGCAAUACAUGCGGCGAUCGCUAUUCCUUUCUCCUCAAUGGACCCGACGUCGUCUUUCUGGGACCGGGAGAUGUCAAUGGCACCAACAAUGAUUACAUUACCGAAACCAUUUGGUUUGGGGUCGAAUUCCUACGAUCGCCAUCUACACUCUCCACCUCUACACGGCCCAAGAAUAUCGGCGAUACGUGUGUCUACAGUGUCGGCAUUUAUCCAUCCGAAGAAUUCGAACGAUUCCAUGGCAACUCCAACGUCGAAGUCUUUACCGUCAUGUACGCCUGUGUCUUUUUGUUUCUGAUGGUCGUCUUCUUUAUUUUUGUCUGGUUUGUCCAAAAACGACAAGCUCGCGUCAUGAAAAUUGCGACGCGGACGACGGCCAUUAUCUCGACACUCUUUCCGGACAAUGUUCGCGAUCGCAUCAUGAAACAAGCCGAAGAUCAAGCCAGUCGGGAACAGCUCGCCAGUAGUGGCGGUGAUGAUGCAUCCAGUGCCAAUUUUCAAAAUCUCAAGAGUCUACUCACAUCGGGGGAUAAAGCGGCGGCGGCUGGAAAGCAGCAAAGUCAGGAACUCGGCAAUGGGACCGAUCACAUGGCGUCCGUGUCGCUCUUGCCGGAAACGGCACCCAGUGGAGUCACGACGUUUCAAGACAAACCCAUUGCCGACCUGUAUCCCAAUUGUACCGUAUGCUUUAUGGACUUGGUGGGAUUUACGUCGUGGUCGUCCACGCGCGAUCCGGUACAAGUCUUUAGUCUAUUGGAAACGCUUUACGGAGCGUUUGAUUCCAUUGCCAAUCGAAGAAGAAUUUUCAAAGUGGAAACCAUUGGGGAUUGUUACGUUGCCGUGGUGGGACUUCCCAAACCAAGGCGCGAUCAUGCACUGGCCAUGACUAGGUUCUGUCACGAUUGUCUCAUCAAGAGUGGAGAAGUCUUUCAUUUUCUAGAGGAAUCCCUUGGGCCUGGAACCAGUGGGUUGAAUCUUAGGCUGGGGCUGCACAGUGGACCCGUCACGGCUGGAGUGCUGCGCGGUUUAAAGGGUCGAUUCCAGCUCUUUGGCGAUACCGUCAACACGUCGGCCCGUAUGGAAAGUAACUCGGCGGCGGGAAAGAUCCUCUGUAGUCAAGAUACGGCGGAUCUCCUUAUUGCCGGUGGCAAACGACACUGGGUGUCUCCUCGAGCGGAAAAGAUCGUGGCCAAGGGCAAGGGCGAAAUGCAAACAUUCUGGGUUACAAUCAAGAACACAAAGUCCGUGCUGGAUGGGUCCGUAUCGGAAUUCUACUCUCGCACGUCUAGCACAGUAGACGACUCCCAAGCAGGAGGGGACGAUGGUUUUGUGGAUGUGGAAAGUGGUGCCGAUGGUGGUGGUGCUGCCGACGUCAAUCAUCAUCAUGAUGAAAAACCUGUAUUUGAGACAGUGAUGGACUGUUGAUUUGCAUUGCAUUGAAUUCAUGUUGAGUUGAUGUUUGCGUAAAAAACAGUCUUUUGACACACAAAAGAGACGAAAGGCAGUUGUAUAUUCCGUACAUGGAUGGAUGGGCCAGUUAUGUAGCUGAAUGAAUUCGACUCAACCAAUCGAGCUGGAAAAAGAUGGCAGAAGACGACCAAAUCCCAACAGGCCAACAAGUUUUAACGAAAUGACGCAGGCCCAACAUGGAGAGGAUUUCCUUGUGUCCGGAAUAAGGAAGCCCAAGGACUGUUCCUGUCAUCAUUUCGUUUUCUCCCGUCUUGGGCUAGGCUGCACCCUCAUGGUCUUGAGGCAAAAGCUAGGUACCUAUCUGUAGCAUAAACACACUAGUUUGAUUCUCAGGUAUUUAAAUACGAUUCAUCAAUAGCAUCUAAACAAGUGCAGCUGGUUCUAUGCCAUCGUUGAUUGGGCCAUUCUCUUUUUUGGAGAUAGAGCCACAGUUCAGCAAACAUACUGGUAUUUGAGUUGGGGGCCCUCGCCGAGCAUUGAUGGAGCAUUUGGCGACCUGCUUCGACGAUAGAGAGACAAUUUUCCCCUUAGCAAGGGCAAAGGAGGUAUCACUGAAGAUAUAUCCCAUGGGUAAUAUCCAUGGUAUUAGAAAGCUUCCCUGAUCAAUUCUGUUCUUUUCCCCGUUAGUCGGUUAGUCAGCCAUGUCCCAUCUAGCUG